UUUAGUAUUUUGGUGGCAGCAGGCAACAGCAAGCCGCGGAGGCAAGUCCAAGAAAGGUGGAGACUCCUGCUCAACUUCCUGCACAAUAAUCUGAAGCAGCACCGACAGAGAGCUGGGGACGCUGCUGCCGCUGCUGCCGCUGCCGCUGGGACCGAGGACGGAUGGAUACACGGCUCACUUUGUUUCUUCUCCGCCAGUGAAUCGAUAAAAAGCACUUAAUUGUGAUUAUCGACCUGGCUGCUAGCUGCUAGCAGUGCGGCUGCUGAACAGAUUCCCCGCGUCUGAUAGCGAGCCAGUGCGACGGACAGGAAUGGAGGUCGUGGUGGAGUAUGAGUAUGAAGCGCUCCAUGAUGACGAGCUGACCCUGCAACUAGGCGACAUCAUCAAGAACGUGCGGUAUAUCGAGGAGGAUGGCUGGAUGGAGGGAGACCUCAACGGGAGGAGGGGCCUCUUCCCCGACAACUUUGUCAAGGAAUUGAAGAGGGAAUCCAAAGAGGUCAAGGAACCAAAGAAUGAGCCAAAAGAGGAAGUGUCUCAGCCUCAGAGGAGAGAGAAGAGUGCAGGAAAUGUGGCCAACCUGGUUCAGAGAAUGAGCACUAUCGGCAUCCCAACUGGUGGCUUCCAGCCUCAGCCACCAGCUGCCUCAAAGAAGCCCAAGAGGAGACAGUGCAAAGUUCUGUUUGACUAUCAGCCGCAGAACGAAGAUGAGCUGGAGCUGAAAGUGGGAGACAUCGUAGACAUCACUGAGGAGGUUGAAGAGGGCUGGUGGAACGGCAACUUGGGCGGCAAGUCAGGACUGUUCCCCUCCAACUUUGUCAAAGAGCUGGAUGCAUCGGCAGAGGACGGAGAGACCAACAACACGGCAGCAGACGAGGCUGAUGGAAGUGGACUGGAAAGCGCUGCCACCCCCACAUCACCUCAGUCCGCCUCAGGGAACGGAGUCGUUGCUCAGCCCAAGAAGAUCCGAGGGGUCGGCUUUGGAGAUAUUUUCAAAGAAGGGUCAGUCAAACUUAAGGUGCGACUCCCCAGCCCAGAAACCGAGGAGAAGAAGGAGAGACCAAUCCCAUCAUUACCAUCGGCUGCAAAGCCCGCCCAUCCCAACACCACAGACUCGCAGAGAGCGGACGGAGACGGCAAGUCCAAAGCUAAAGAGUACUGUAAGGUCAUAUUUGCUUUUGAUGCUACAAAUGAGGACGAGCUAACCAUAAAAGAGGGCGACAUCAUCUACAUCUUGAGUAAGGACACCGGAGAGCCCGGCUGGUGGCGAGGGGAGAUCGGAGGCAGAGAGGGUGUCUUCCCUGAUAACUUUGUCACCAUGCUGACUGAAGCAGACAAAGAGGCUCCCACGUCGAGAGGAGCGGUGAGAUCGUCUCCGAAGCAGGAGUCAGAAGAGAAGCCCAAGAAGCCGCCUCCACCAUCAAAAAGCAUAGCUCCCAAGCCGGAGGUUCCCAGCGUCGACAAGAAGGCCCACCCCCUCAGGCGAGAGGACAGAGUUGACAAGCCUACCCCUGACGCCAAACCAUCCAAGCCUGCAGCACCCGUGGUCCCACCCAAGAAGCCGAUCCCCCCUCCUGGGAAAGGCAGACCAGGAAGCCUCCCACCAAAGAGGCCAGACAAGCCUCUCGCUCCCUCGCCAAACCUAAAGCACAAUGGAGAGGUGCCUUCCACACGACCAAAGUCCGACUUUGAACCGUUAUUGUCCACCAAACCCAAAACGCUGUCUGGGGACUGGGGGGAGAAGUCCUCAGAAGUGGCAGACCUGAUGAGUUUUGAUGAGCUGUCGUCUACCUCGGAGAAGCUCUCUCACCCCACUGCUAACAGACCAAAGAUGCCUGGCAGGAGGCUGCCCGCCCAGUUUAGUGGAGGACAUUCGCCCAACAAGGAAGUGAGUGUGGAGAAAGCCUUCAAGACUGAUGAAGAGGAUGCUGCCAAACCAAAGCUAACAGAAACCAGAAAGCCUUCCACAAACACCUUAUCCCAGUCACUGUCACUCAACAGGCCCGCCGCAGCCAGCACCGAGGCCAAGCCGAGCCCUGCAGCAGCCCCGAGUUCAGACAGCAUGUCACAGGGCAGCAGGGCCCAGCUGGAGCCUGAGGAGCCCAGCUCACAACUAGAGGAGCUCAGGAGCCAGAUGAAGGAGCUGCUGCUGUCUGUGGAGCUGCUCAAGGCCCAGCAAAUGAAAGAGAUAGCGGAGCUCCGAGGAGAGCUGGAUGAGGAAAGGCUAAAGCGUGUGGCUCUGCAGAUGGAGAUAGAGAAACUGAAGCGGGUCGUCCACUCAACGUGAAGCCCACGUUUGAAUCAACAGCAAGCCUCAAGGCCAGCUGCCGGCUUGUGGACCAAUCAGAGAGCAGACGGGUGGUGACGGGCUGAUGGCUGAGCGGAUGGAGAGCCGGUGGGGAAUCACACCAACCACCUCGAGCACAAUCCUUUUUCAGCGAUCCACGAAAAGAAACUCUCCCCGUAUUUGUAAGAUUUACAUUUUGCACAUAUAAAAAAAAUGUUCAAGCUAGAUGUAAUUAAGUUACAGAUGUAUAUGUUUCUCUUUUAUUCUUUUCUUUAUAUUUUAUUUUGCCAAUACAAAAAAGCAACAACUGAGGCCUUACUUCAAACUACUGCGCUGGACUUCCACCUCUGCCGCUCCCGCUCGCUCCCUGUCACUCCAGCGUUCCUCAGGCCCCUCGGGGACCAGGUCCGCUCUCAGUACUACUGACUUUGUAUAAAGCAGGGGAUGCUUGUUUUCGUAUUUUUUAUGGUGCACAAAUAGUCGAUUUUAAAAACUAAGGAAAUGUUUGAUUUCAGUUCACAGCUUUUGAUCCUCGCAGCAAAGUGAUUUUUCUUUUCCUAUGCGGCGCCUGUGCCACUCCAUGGCGGCGGCGGCGCCUCAGAGAGCUCUGUUAUCAUUUGUCUUUUAUAUGGUUUCUAGCAUUCCUAUCCAGGGUAACACUACUGUGCCUGUUCAUAACGAAAUGAUAUUAAGUGUUUGUAAUGGGAACUUAUAUAUACCACGAUGGUGUCUGGAAAUUUUGCAGCAUGAUAUUGUAUAUCUCUAUUUUUUAAGUCUACUGACAUGCCUAGUCAAAUCUUAUAUAUAGAAGGCCUCUUCUAUGCUGGUCUCUUCUAUUUUUGUCAAACUUGUUUCACAUGCUGGGAAUGCUCUCAGUCUGCAGAUACAGCAGACACAAGCCACAUGCAAAAAACAAAGUCAAAGAGAGAGAAAGGAGAGGCUGCACUCUUUCAUUGUCAAAGCUGAUGAUCAAUAUAUUGGCAUGUGUAUUAACCCUUUGAAACCUUGAUCGACAUCACUUUUUCUUAUGCUGCUUUCAGACAGCUUUCUUCGCGUAUUUAAACCUUUGAACUCUGGUGUAAUUUCUUUCAAAAACAUCGGGAAAAAAGGCUACGGGCUACUUGGUAUGAAAUGUUCUGCAAAUUACAAGAAAUUAGUUGAUUUAGAGAUAGUUCUUUUAAAGCUAGGGGAAAAACUUCCUAAAUAAUUAUCCAUUAUAUUAUUAUAAGCACCUUUCCAUGUAAUUCCUGUGACUUUUUUGUUUUGUUUUGGGGUUUUUUGUUGGUGG